AUGCGCGUGCCGCUGCGGGCCCUCCUGAUGGCCGCCUGGUUCGUGUCUUCGGCCGGCCUGUCCCGCCAGCGGCCCUCCAGCGGCGGCUUCCAGGAGGACCGGCCGGACCGCGGUCGCACCUUCACCAACUCGCAGGUGCUGGCCUUCAACGUAUCCAACUUCAUGGUGGUGCUCUUCCUCAAGGCCCUGCUCGUCGCCCUGGGAUUCGCCACGGGGUUCAGCGGCCUGGGACUCUACGCCGGAGGCUACGGGCGCGCCGACGACCACGGGCCACCAUUGUCGCCGGUCGCCGACCAAGGACGCAUGACGUGGCUCACCACAUACCUGGCGGCCUUGAACACGGGCGACGAUGCCUGCUUACGACGACUGGCUUGCGAAGACCCCGGCACAGCCCGGAUGUACGCCAGCGGAAAGGAGAUGCUGCUUUACGUGCUACGCAGGGCACCAGUGUUGUUGCCCUACAACUCUGCAUACGACCGGAUGGUGGAAUCGGUUCGCACCGCUGCCAGGAUAGGCAGCAGGCAUCAGCACCUCUGUCGUCGCAAGUACCCAUGCCCAGUCUCCAGAAGAUGACUUCAAUAGAUGUGCAAACUGGACUGUCCCAGCCUCAAGGGGAGAGGCAUCACCAAAGGCAUAGCUGUAGUCAACCUUUGUUAGGGAGCGAUUUUGCGCUAUCGUUCCGUCUACCCGAUCUAUGCUCGGCGACAAGUUAAGAACAAAGUAGGAGCUCUGUCUCGAGUGCGAGUUCUGCGUUUGAUGGCACUUUGUCACGCAAGCAUCCAAAGCCUGGCAGAAGGUUACGAGCGCAUGGUGAAGGUGGAGCACCCACUGGGAUGUU